AUAUUUGAUCAAAACUAUAUAUUAUUUAAAUAAUUUUCUCAAUUAAUAUCCUCAGGGGAAAAAAAAUUGCGAGUAAUUAACACCAUGCCAUGCGCGACAUUCCUAAUCCGAUGGGGAAAGUAUUUUACGUAAUUAUAUAAUAUAUCGAUUGUGCGCUAUGAUAAAUUUCUGCAAUUUGUUUAAGCGAAGUAUUACUCUUAAAAAUUAACGAGGUUUCUCGAAGUGCGCGGUAUUCCUCCACCUUACCUUGUGUGUACUGUAUAGUAUUGUAAACUAGAAUAUAUUCCGCAAAAAGAGAGAAAGAGAGGCGUAUAUUCCCGUGUGUGUGUGUGUGUGUAUAUAAUACAGUACGAUGCGCGUGCAUUUUAAUGCGUAUUACAACGAAGACUAAUAUUUAGUCUUCAUAGUUAGGAGAAGGAUUCAAGUCGAUAUCGCUUUUCUCGACACACAUUAUAUAUGUAUAUACAUAUGUUCAGUAUUAUCAAUUGUUUUCCAUUGCCCGGAACUUUGCCAAGUGCGGCGGCCAGGACAGUUGUUACGUAAUUUUUUGGAAAUCUCUUCCGAGAAGAGAAUAAUUUCGAUUUUUUGCGUCGUUUGUUUCCUUUUCUCUUGAAAGAAAAAGAACAAAAAAGUCGGAAUUAUUCCGAGCGGAGUCGACUCCGAAUAUUUAAGUUACAUAACAGCUAGCUUGGAGAAGAUCAGGACUCCAUCAAAUCAUAUUCCUCACACACGCUCCUUCGACACGUAUAUUUCGCAAUCGACUGCGUCCAAUUUGACCUAAAUAAUAUAGCACAUUUAUAUACAAAACCAAAAAAAAACAAACGAGAUUAUUAUGAUUGUACGAAUUUAUGCGAUAAUUGCUUUCACUAACACGAUAAAAAUAAUUUAAACAUAUGUAUUGUAGAAUUGUGUGAAAAACUGCGCUUGCGCAUUUGUAAACGUGUAAAUUCUCUCAAACUGUUCGCUCAUAUGUUUUAUUAUGAAAUCAAGAGUCACUUUAAACAAUUUAUUAAAUUUAUCGCUUCUAAUGUGAGUGCGCGAACACACGUUGUUCGCUUUAUUUCACAUGUAUAGAAACGGAAAACAUAUAUAAAUUUUUUUUUUAUUUUACACGAAAAUGUGCUAUAAACACGCAGACAAUAAUACGCAAUCUGAGGAGGGAAGUAUUUUUUAUGUAAAGAAAAAAGAGAAAAAUUAAACAAACACAUAGAAUUCCUUGUACAAAGCCGACUUUAUAAAUAAAAACAUAGAAAUGGUAUAUAUUAUACACAUAAAAAUCCAUUUUAUUCUGACUACUUAUUAUAAAACGUGUAAAAGAAUGUUGUGCAGAGUAGAACAAAUGCUGCCGUUCGAUCACCAGAUUGCAAAUAUGUCUCUGUAUAAAUAUAUCGAAAAGAAACAUAGUCGUUUGACAAAUUGUCUGUAGCUUAAAAUAGCGUUUGUCCCGUAAGUUAAAACGCGUAAGGGAAACGUACAGACAAUAAUAGAGCAAGCGGCAAAAAGACAAGAAAAAAAAAAAAACAAAAAAAAAAGAAUAAAACAAUAUUUUGUAUACAAUAUCGUGUUGUUAUAAAUAAACGCGCGUAUCUUUUCCUUGUGCGAUAAAAAACGACGAGAAAAACCGGUUGUUGAUUCUAACAGAUGGAAGAGUAGGUGUUAAGCAGAACACACCAUUUUUCCUCAAUGCCAAGUCGCAACCGAGCAUCACACGACGAUUUUCAUAAAUUAGAUAUUAAUAAAUAGAUAUUCCGUUUUUGCGUCAACAAUCUGAGAGGGAGAGAAAAAUCAAGAAAAAAAGCAUCGCGUGAUGCCGCAGACUUUACUUGACAGUUAUAUGCACAGAGUAUACGUGUAUAUAGUCGGAAUUUAAAUUGGAGAAAAGUAAAAAAGAGAUAUAUGUACUAACGUGGAAAUCACGCUGCGAUUUAUACAAAAAAGAGAGAGAGAGAGAGAGAUAGAGAGAAAUGGAGUAUAUUAUCUAUUGCACAACAGUAUUGGCGAUAUCCGUUAGUCUUUUCUACAUAUACGCCAAGUACAAACUGUCUUAUUGGAGAAAACGUGGAGUCAAGACUCCGCCCACGCAUUUAAUUUUCGGAAAUUUCAAAGACGUCGUAACGUUAAAAAAACGCCCAGCUGAAGUACUCUGCGAUAUUUACAACAAUGCCGAUCCAAACGAUCCGUAUAUAGGUUUUUACAUCUUUCACAAGCCUAUGUUACUUCUGCGGGAUCCCGAUUUGAUCAAGAGGAUAAUGAUCACGGACUUCGAUAUUUUUCCGAAUCGACGAUUUGGCUCGCGCGAUCAGAAAGACGUAACGGAUCUGGAGAGCUUACUGGCUAUGCAGCAGCCAAAAUGGAAAUACGUCAGGAGCAAACUGACAUCAGCUUUCACCGGUCAAAAACUAAAGAUCAUAACACCGAGCAUCGUAGAAUGCGGAAAACUCAUGUUAAAUUAUAUCGACAACUUACCGACGGGCGUAGGUGUCGAGCCGAAAGACAUGAGCAGCCGCUACAUAGUCGAUAUUUUGAACUCCUAUGCGUUUGGUAUCGCCACAAAUUCAUUCGAUGAGAAAACAAACGUGUUGUGGAAAGAUUGUGUGAAACUUUUUUGCGAUCUGCAAGCUAUUCUGACUUUCUUAAUCUUUUUUUUUAUUCCUGAAUGGAGCCAUCUAAUCAGACCGUUGAAAAAACGGACCUUGGAAAACCUCAAGUCAGUUUUCUGGAAUUCCAUAAGUGCUAGAGAAAAAACAGGAAGCAAGAGAGGAGACUUCAUCGAUGUUCUUUUAACGCUCAAGAAUGGAGAACAAAACCCUAUUUACAAGUUCGAGGGAAGCAAUUUACUCGCACACCCGAUCAGUGUUAUGGUUGCUGGAUUCGAGGCGACUACUGAUGCGCUUGCGUUUUGUCUGUACGAAUUGGCACGUCACCCGGAUCAUCAAGACACUUUAUACAACGAAAUACAGACAUACGUAUCGAACAAAGAAUUGACUCUGGAUGUGAUUAAUGAAAUGCCCUUCUUAGAUUCUCUUGUGAUCGAAAUACUAAGAUUAUAUCCUCCCCUACCCAUGACCGAUAGAAUAGCUACGAGAGACUACAAAAUAGAGAACACCGGAUUGAUAAUUGAAAAGGGUGUUGCGGUUUACAUGUCUGCAAAUUCGAUCAAUCAAGAUCCGAAAUAUUUCUCCGAUCCGCAAAACUUCAUCCCAACGAGAGAGUACGAGAACAAAAAAUUUCACGAAUCGUUGCCAUUUGGUAUUGGACCUAGGUCGUGCAUAGGACAGAAAAUGGCCAUAAUAAUGACAAAAAUUGGACUAAUCACGAUCAUAUCGCAGUAUAUACUCAGCUAUAAACAACCGAAUGAGGAUAUAAAAAGCAUACACACAUUCACGAACGUGCCUGAUAAAUUUCGGUUGCUAUUCCAGAAACGUGAUAAUCGAUCAUAAAAAUAAUCUAAGCGCUUCAAAGGACAUCGUGCAAAUAUAUACAUGUAAGAAGGGAAUGGGUGAGAAAAAAAAAUGAUAAUUUUCACUAUUACAUUCAUGUACUCGGGUAAAGACCGCUCGAUAUGUUCAAACAACUUACGAGAAUUUUCACGUCUACGACGAAAUAAAUUUAUUGAUAAAACUAUAGAUCUCAUUACGCGUUUAAUAAAAAAUGAUUUUCUUAUAGCUUAGUAGAUAACAUACUAUCACUGAAGCGAAGGAUAUUAACUUCUCAAGCAUUGCGACAUGUCGAUCCUCAUUGCAAAGUACGGUUUUAGCACAGCGUAUCAUGAUCGAAAGACAUAUAUAUUUUAUAAAUAUACUAUAACAGAACAUUAUACAAAACAACAAGCGUUUCGGCGGUCGCCGUUAUUGACUCGAUUUUUCUCUUUUGUGUGUGUGUGUGUAUAUGUACGUAUAUGUGUAUAUAUACACACGUAAAUACAUAUGU